AUGGCCCUCAGCGCCAGACCUACCCACCUCCAGAAGCCAACGCAUAGCCCAAGGUACACUGCAUCCGAAGUGGCCAAAAUAUUUCACGAUAAAAUCAAAGAAUUGACGGUCACUCCUCAUUGCAGCAAAUGUGCUGGUUGCGGCCGGCCUUACAUUCAAGUGGAGGAACUGCGGACCUGGCUGAAAGAGAAAUGGUCAACGCACAUAGACAGAUCUUGGGCCGAUUUGUGCUUAGAAGCCUCCAAUCAGGGAAACAAGGCCGGCUCCUUAUCUCUGAGUGAUAUCGACGCGCCAGGAAGUGGCUGUCUUUUGGUAUUUAGUAUUUUACACGAUAUUGGUGCCCCCAGCCUGAUUCGAAAAUUUCAACGUCAAGGCCUGAUAGAUAGGAAACUACCGAUCAAUCUAUCGGAGCUGGAGAACGAACUCAGCCAGCUAGGAAUCGACAACGCAACCAUCUUGGCUGGAAAAUUUGAUGAGCGACAAUGGGCAUUCUGUCCUGCGACAUUCGACUUGUCAAGCACGAUUGCUUGCAAAAGAACUACAGUUCUGCCAAUCUGUAGGAGGGAAAUACUUAGUACUAAAGGUGGGACAGCUCUUCUAUGGCAGAUAGCUGUACAAGAAGAAUUCAUUGGUCCGAGUCUUCGAGAACAAUCGGCCAAAUCUAAAUUCAAGGACCCGAAAUUUGGCACAUGUUAUCAAUUCGUGCUCAAAACUUUUCGCGAUGACCAUGCGGCAUAUUUCAAGGAUGAAUGUGACGCAUUCUGGGCUUUACGUGAGCAUGACGGUAUGAUUAAAUACCUCGGGGACUUUUCCCAUCCAAACGAUUCAAGCUGUCAGUUCGAGCAAGACAUUGGCUUAAGAAGGUUCAAUGAGUCUGGUAGUAUUCGGGACAAGGCCACGAUAGAGAGGACGGAUACUACAACAGAGUAUAUUGGCAGAAUGAGCACCAAUAUACUCCUUGAAUGGGGUGAAGCGGACCUUGAAGACUUUUUUGCCGAACGCCAGCCACCCGUGUUCAAAUCCGAAGUCGCAAUCUUUUGGAAGGAGUUAUUUGAGGUUGCGGAUGCACUUCGAAGAAUGCACAAUUUUACGAACAAGAAUGGUCAUCAAUUUGAUGGGUGGCAUGCAGAUAUUAAGCCAGAUAACAUUCUUCGAGUGCAGUCAAGCUUCAAGCUCAGUGAUCCAGGUUUUGCAAAGUUUCUGCCAAAGAAGCCAAACAAUAAAACACAGAUUGCUGGUGGGGCACCUGAAUGGGAUCUUAGUCAAGACACUGGAGAUCCUGUUCCUCAGGCGAUCGAUAUCUGGUCACUGGGCUGUGUUUUCUCCGUUGCCGCAACCUGGAUUGCUCUAGGAUUUCAGGGCAUCCUUGUAUAUGAAAAACUCCGAGAGAUCGCAAUCAAGGCUAGCCUGGCAGCUCCUCGUGGUGAGCAAUCUCACCACCCACAAUAUCGACGGCACGAUAAGACAAGGCCAGAAGCCGACUAUUUUCAUGAUGGAUCAGAUGUCUUGGGUGCGAUUGAUCAGUGGCACACAGCCGUCCGUCAAUACGUACCAAGCAGCGACACUAUAACACCAAAGGUUCUCGACUUAGUCAGCAAACGUAUGCUGCUAGGAAACCCGGAGAACCGCAUCAGCGCCGCCGAUCUGUGUGAUCAAUUAUCUCUAAUAAUUGGGAGUUGUCUCGAGGAGGACGAAUUUAUCGCGUUUCCCAAUGCGCAGAAAGCCUUGAAGGAAGUUCAAACCCAAAAUGAGAAACUUCAAUCUCAAGGUAUUCCUCGACCUAGCAGUCAGGAGACCGGUUCUAUUCAAGGCCGCGCAGCUAGAGACUAUCGGAAAUCAUACAACGUGCACAUGGCACGAAUACGGUCGGAAUACGCUGGUGGCGCUUCAGUAGCGCCUGUCUGGCCUUCAACUUCCCUCUCGCAUUCUAGGGCUCAUGAUUUCCGAGCUGGACCAACACCCAGUCUACUUGGACCUGCCCCACCGAGUACCGGGUUGCUCUCAAGCGUGUCUUCGAUAAGCCAGCUCGGAGCCUCUGCUUACCAGCAAGAUAUGAAUCUCAGAGAACGACCGAUAAGCGCACAUAUUGGGCGAACCCUAACAACGAGACAGCAUAUCCCGCAGGAUGUUUUCCAAGCGCGACAAGAAUUGGAGGACCAAGUUGCAGAAGAGAAAAGGAAUUUCACCGCCAGGUUGAGUCGAAUGGUGACAACUAAUCGCAAGAAGGAUCCAUUUUUGGCUGAAUUUUUCGAACACCGAGAUAUCAUAUUUGUUGCAGACAAUGCGGGAAGUAUGGUUGGCUCAUGGCCACAGGCCACGGAACUAGUCGAUGUCCUCGCGAGGAAAGCCCAAAAUCUGGACGAUAAUGGAAUGGAUCUAUACCUCACUCACACAAGCGGGAGGCCGAAUGCAGUUUUGAGCCCACGGAAAAACGGACCUACUGUGCGAACUCCUACCUCCCCGAAAGUUGACGGCAAAAACACUGCAACCAAGUUCAAAGAGGCCAUGAAGUCUGCUGACUCGCUCCCUGUCUCUGGAAAGAAAACAGACAUGAGCUUGCUAUUGGGGUAUCUUCUCGAUGGAUAUAUCAAGCAUCUCAAAGAUGUCGGUAUUAACAAAGCCAAAAAGCAGACGAUUAUCGUCCUUACCGAUGGUAAGUGGGCUCUAGAGCCUGUAUCUGAAGCUAUCAAAAAAUUUGUCGAUGAGUGGAGAGGGUUGGAUCGUGAAAACAUCAAAAGCCGUUCAAUGGGAAUCCAGUUUGUUCAAUUCGGUGACGAUCCAAUUGCAACCUGGGGUUUGGAAUACUUGGACAACAAGCUGGAAUCUGAAGGCAUUCCGGACAUUGUUGACACGGAACCAUCUCUUGGUGAUGUGUACAAAAUGCUUUUGGGAAGUUUCAUAGCAGACUAUGAUGAACGUAGUAGUUCAGUGGCGAGAUCGCUACCGGACCCUGCAAUAUCGUCGCCUCCUCAAGCAAUUUCGCCACCUAUGCCAUCAUCGCCCUCCCCAACACCUAAGAUCAUGUUGUCCGAGCAUUCUACAAACAAUAUACGGAUGUCGCCAACUCAUAUGCAACACUCGGAUCCAUUCUCAUGA